AUGGUCAAAAGUUUGGAAGGUAAACGCGAUUUCCCUUCUUCCAAUUCUAAUAACGCUAUCCUCGAGAAAAUUGAUGUCACCCUUCCAAUGAACGAUGCUCUGAUUUCUAUAUUGACUAAAACGCCAAAGAAGCCUCUGAAUAGUUUUUUCCUAUUCAGAAAAGCAUACAGUCACACGCUAACUAGCAAGCAUUUUCGUCUUAGUGCCUCUGAGGUCUCACAAAGAGCAUCGGCCAUAUGGAAGGCUAAGUCAGAACCUGCCAGACAAGAGUUUAAAAAAUUGGCCGAUCAAAUCCGCGAAAAUGCUUUAACAGAGAUCUGUUUACCUUCUUCGGCUAAUCAAUUAAAGAACAAAUAUAAGUGGCGCCAUAUGACUCAAGAUCCUCAAAACUACAAAAGAUCAUACAACAAAAGACAAUUUGAGAAACCAUUAAAACCAUUAAAGCCCACAUCAGCCGGCUUGAUCCAAAAUCAAUCUCAUCCUUAUACUGACUUUUUCGUUGAACAAGCAAUUGAGGAUCAUGUUAAUUUCGUCCCGUCAGACAUUGAUUUUCAUCCAACACAUCAACUAUUUACCGGAUUUUCUAAUUUUAAUCAACCUUCCUUUCCACCUAUUCCUUUUAAUUCUGACGUAUUCGCUCUUUUUAAAUAUAACGUAAUUUAG